AUGAUUAUCGUAAUAUCACCUCGUAGUACGGAUACAUUGAAGGGCGCAAUGAAAAUUCUAGCGAUUCCAUAUUCGAAAGAAGCUCCGACCAGUAGAAAUACAUCGACCACAUCUUUUUCAAUUGCCACAAAGUAUUUUGACGAAAGUAAAAGGAAACGUUACUCGAAAUUUCGCUGCACUGGACACGAAAAUAAUAUUGACUCAUGGGUACAACGCUUGUGCGUGUUUAAUCGUAUUUGUUAUAAUACGAAUCUUCAACGUUUUGAAUAUUUUCGGCGUGCUCAUCGAAAGAAACCCGUGUUCUUCGACUCCGCGAAGGGAAUGCUGACAGAUUUUGGACAAAAAUUUUUGUCACUUUCUAUCGUUGGAGGUGUACCAUGGGCGCCAUUUGUUGUUGAUGAAGCGUUGCCAACUAAAAAUGUUAUAUUACUCAAUAGAUUACACACGCUGUGGCAGAUUUACUUCCCUAAUAAUGUAGGUCAUAUAUUAUGGGAAGAGUUCGGAAUGAUCCAUUAUUCCAUGGAACGAAUGAAUGAGCUUGAUAACCGUUCAGUUGUUAUGCAUGCAAGUCCGAUGUCAAAAGAUCCUUUGUAUCUGAAAUAUCAAGAGCACGUGCUGUCAGCUAUAACACCAGAAAAAAUGGUUGAAUUGAAGCCAUAUAUUAGUAGUUUCAACACAAGUUAUGUCUGCUUUGACAAACUGAUGGCUGGAGGCAUGCUUCGGUUUUUUGACCCAUCAUUAUACGACAAGAAUCAGGGGCGAGAAACUUUAUUAUACAAUUGGAGAUCAAAGCUUAUUAAACAUCAUGGAUUCGAUCCUGACUUCAUACCCAUCAAACAUCAUAUAAUACUUACAAAUAAAUCACAUUCACUUUCUGCUAAAUCUCUCUCAAUAGGACAUCGAACCAUUGCUAAUAUGAAAGCUGUCGAAGAAUUUAUUCGUAAAACUUAUCCAACGAUCUCGUUCGAAGUGGUCGAAUGGCACAAAAUACCCUUUCCGAAACAAAUCGAAAUGCUCAUUCACACAACUAUCCUCAUUACGCCUUCAGGAGGAGUAUCGACCAGAGCACCUUUUCUUCCACGAGGAGCUCAUGCUAUCAUAAUGGAUUACUAUGUUUUAACACCUAUACAGGAUGUCCGUAGGGGAUAUUCUGGUACAUUAGAGGGUGAAUUUCAUAACUACUUUCCUCAUUACAUCAAAGAUUAUUAUCAGAUUUAUGGUGAACAGGAUUUUGUAUGGGAUUAUUCGGGUGCAUCUGAUUCACGUAAUGAUGCUUCUAUCAUUAUCAAUAUGACUCGCCUAAGUCUGCUGAUCGAAAAGGCAUUAGAAGAUAUAGAGCUAUAG